AUGGCCACUAUCAUCGAUCGCGACUACCGUUUCAACCACGUCAUCUACACCGUCGACCUUGACGGAACCAACAUCAGCGUCACCGUCACGGCAACCGCCUCUGUCGUCCGACGCUGGCUCUCCUCCACGCUCUACUUUCGCCGCCACUACGUUUACUUCAACCAGCUCGUCGUCGGCCUCGGCGUCCAGUGGACUCCCGGCGGGGCAGAUCCUCCGCCGGACACGUUGCAGCUCUGCAUCGGCCGGCGGUGCCUCAUCUUCCAAAUCGCUCAUGCCGACAGCGUGCCGAAGAUUCUCCGCACGCUUCUCCAGCAUCCUUACCACACCUUUGUUGGAUUCUGGAACCAUUCGGACCGACGGAAACUCGCGAUUUCGAAGCACUGUUUGGAUAUGUUGAAGGAUCCUCUGGAUCUGAGACUGUACGCGGAAACUGAGGAUGAUGAAGACCUAACUCGAGCUUCGGUGGAGGAAAUCGCGGAAAAAUGCCUCGGUUUUGAAGUGGAGCAAAGGAGGGAGAUCAGCACGAGCUAUUGGUAUGAACAAUGCCUUAGCGACGAUCAAGUUGUUUAUGCAGCCGUCGACGCUUACUGUGCAUUCCUACUAGGUAGGAAUAUCAGAGCUUGGGAAGUCAACGGGUAA